GGUCUUUCCCCCUGAGCCGUUUUCGAUCGUUCCCGCGGUGUGCGGAGGCUGAAAAUGGCUGGCCAAGGCCUCCCGUCGUGAUUUCUUUGCUCCUGGCUCGAGGGGGGGCUGGGGCCCCUCGGCAUUGCCGCCCAGGGCGCGCCGCCGACCGUCUGACCGGGGUGUACGCGUGGCUGUGGCUCCUGCCAGGGGACGAGAGCCUCGUGUCUGCCAUGAUCGGCAGCAUCCAGAUCUUCUCGGACUCGCUGGUGAUGGUGGCGGUCUGGCUGAAUUCGAGCUUCGGCGCGACGCUCCCCUUCUUCUUCCUCCUGGUGGCUGCCAUGGCGCUCCUCUCGGGGGUCGUGGCUCUCGCGAUGGUGCCGUCUCUGGAGGAGCACAAGUCGUACGCGGCGGCGGCGGGAGGAGAGGCCACCGAGGCGAAGGGCAGCCUGCCCGGAGGGCACGCGGCCGAGCCGGAGCCACCGCCUGGCGCGGCAAGCUCCGAGGGGGGCGCCUGCAGGCAACUCCGCGACAACCUGCGAGAUACUGGAUCUCCG